GCUCCCUCUAGAGGCCACCCCGGCGUAGCGCCGCAGGGCACGGCUCAGUUGUGCGAGCGGCUGGGCGCUCUUCCUCGGCCCAUGGCUCCCGCUUGGCUGCUCCGCUUCUUCGGCCUCGCUUUGCUUUUGGCCCGUUCUCCAGCCCGCCGCCCGCCUCCCUUCCCGGAUCCGGCUGCGGUGCCGACCCGGAGCUGCUCGGUGGUGCUGGAGCCCGGCUCGGCCGCCUUGAAGCUCGUCAACGGCUGGGCCCCCGGCGCCGUCGCUUGGGCCAACCUCACCGAAGGCAUCCGGCAGAACGGGUGGGCCUCCUUGGAGUUGACCACCAAUGAGAAGUAUAACGACAGCCUCCAAGCCUAUGCGGCCGGAUUGGCGGAAGCGACUGUAUCUCAGCAGCUCAUCUACAUGCAUUGGAUGAACACCAUGGUGGGCUAUUGUGGGCCCUUCAAGUUCCAGACGGAGUACUGCCAGAAGCUGAGGAGCUACAUCGAGACCAACCUGGCUUGGAUGGCGCAGCAGAUGGAGCGGGCCCAAGGCUCCCAAUAUUGGUACCAGGUCCGCCUUGCCCUGCUCCAACUCAAGGGCCUCGAAGACGGCUACAACGGGCGCGUGGCCUUCCCAACCGGGCCCUUCUCCAUCGCCCCCUUUGGCUUCCUCUUGUUCCAGCUGGGAGGGGACUUGGAGGACCUGGAAUCGGCCUUCAACAAGUCCGAGAAGCAGCGCGUCCUGGGUUCGGGGUCCUGCUCAGCCUUCAUCAAACUCUUGCCUGGAAACCGGGACCUCUUGGUGUCCCAUGAUACGUGGAACGGCUACCAGUCCAUGCUGCGGAUCCUCAAGAAGUAUACCUUGCCGUUCCGGACUUCGCCCGACAGUGGCAGCUUGGUCCCAGGUUACAUCCAGGCUUUCUCUUCGUACCCGGGCACCAUCUUCUCUGGCGACGACUUCUACAUCUUGAGCAGCGGCUUGGUCUGCCUGGAAACCACCAUCGGGAACAGCAACGGCUCCCUGUGGAAGUACAUCCAGGCCGAGGGCAGUGUCUUGGAGUGGCUGCGCAACCUUGUGGCCAACCGGCUUGCCAAGAGCGGGGCCGAGUGGGCGGACAUCUUCCAGCGGUUCAACAGCGGCACAUACAACAACCAGUGGAUGAUUGUGGAUUACAAAUCCUUCAUCCCAGGCAAGGCGGACCUCCAGGAAGGCAUCCUUACUGUCUUGGAGCAGAUCCCGGGGAUGGUGAUCGCAGAGGACAAGACCAAGUUGCUGUAUGAAGAAGGCUACUGGGCGAGCUACAAUGUGCCGUACUUUAAAGAGAUCUUCAAUGCUAGCGGUCUUCCUCAGCUGGUGCAGAAGUACGGCGACUGGUUCACUUACGAAAAGAACCCCCGGGCCCAGAUUUUCCGGCGCAACCAGACCCUCGUCCGGGAUCUGGAUUCUAUGAUCCGACUCAUGAGGUUCAACAACUUCCCGAAAGACCCGCUGUCCCGCUGCCAAGGCUGCGACCCACAGCAGAAUGGAGAAAAUGCCAUUUCCGCCCGUUCGGACCUCAACCCCGCCAACGGCACCUAUCCCUUUGGGGCCCUGCGCCAGAGGGCCCAUGGCGGGACGGAUAUGAAGGUGACAUCCUUCGAGAUGGCCAAACUCUACAGCUUUGUGGCCACCAGCGGCCCGACUUGGGACGAUUUGCCCGCUUUCGAGUGGAGCUCGUCUCCCUACCGCAAUCUGCUCCACAUGGGCCACCCCGACCUUUGGAGAUUCUCGCCCAUCCAAGUCCACUGGGGUUGAUGCCUUUGGGGAUCGGACUUUUCCCCGUGGCGUGGGCUUCUGUGCCGGGGGCCCUUCUCCCCGUUGCUUUGCCUCCUUAGCCGGCCCUCUUUCGUCCAAGGAAACAGUCUCGGAAGGGUGAUAUAAUUAUUCCAAAAUAUAUAUAUAUAAUGUGGUGGAUUUGGAUAGCUUUCCGAGGAAUCGUUUUGGGUCCGGUUUGUUUCGAUUCACAUUAAGUUAUGAAAAUAUGCCUUGAAAACGCCUGUCCAAUCUCGACAUGGUGACAUAGGCUUCCUGGGCAUCGGAGUGGGAUAGUUUGUGGGGCGCAGGGACGGAAAGCGGGGUCUUGCCAGGCCACGGAAAAGGACGCCUUCCCAUUUCGCAAUGGCCUUAAAAGUGGCCCGUAGACCUAAAAGCAAGGGAUAUGUCAUGUUGCAACCUCGGAUCCCAUUUCAUUUCGCAAGGCGCCAAUUCAGUUGAGCAUGUGCAGAGUGCCUUUCCCUUCAGCUUGUCUGGAUUCUCUUGAUUCUUUCCUUUAAAACCAAUGCUGCUAAGGAAAUCCCAGCUAGACAAAGGACAAGGAGGCAAGGGAUCUGUGAGCCUAAACAUUCAAAAGCAGCUUCGCAGUUUUUUCUGUCGAAAGUGAAGCAUUGUCUCGGUGGCAUACGGCCCACUGCUGUCCGUUAGGAUUUCUGGGUUGGACUCAUGAAGGAAUUUCUAUCUCUUGUGUGAUGUUGAUGAUUUUUUAAAAAGUCCUAAUAAAUGUCUUGUGCUAACUUUG